UUAAAAUCUACUGCAAUGAGCGCCUAUUUAUAUACCAGAGACAUAUAAAUACCUUGAGAGCCAUAUAUAUGUGCUGACAUAUUAUGCCCAUUGUCAAUUUAAUCCCAUUGUAGCUAUUUCUCAAAUCAGGGCAGAAGAGCCCUCUAGCUGCUCUGAUCAUCCCUCCUCCCUCUCUCCGCCUCCGCUCGCCGCUCCGCUAUAAUGCGCCUCGCUCAUCUCCACGUUCCCAACGUCGUCCCUUUCACGCACGCCUCUCACCUUCAACAGAUUCUUGUUUCCCGCCUCCUAGCUCACAAAAAGCUCCAUGACGCCUCCUCGACCUCUCCCGCUCUCAUGCAGCCACCACCCCCUCCAGAUCCCACUAUCCUGACCUUCACCCCUCGCCCCGUAUACACAACCGGGCGCCGCGACUUACCUGCCACAAUCUCCGCCACCACGACCCCUUCAGCGAACCCUCAUCCAACCCUCGAUCUCAACCUACCCAAGCCCCUGCACUCCAUCCGCCACCUCCUAACACCUACCCCAACCCACCCCGCGGUCGCUGAAUUUCACCCAACACUCCGCGGUGGGCAAACCACCUACCACGGCCCCGGCCAGCUAGUCGCAUACACAAUCCUCGAUCUACGACGGUUGCGCCUAGGCCCGCGCCAGCAUAUACGGUUGUUGGAGAGGAGUGUCCUGGAUGUUUUGGCCGGGUACGGGGUGGAGAGGGCCGGGUUGAGUGAGAAGGACCCGGGGGUUUGGGUGGAUAUGUCACGGUCACGAUCACAAUGGGAACACAAUGGGAGGAGCCGGGAAGGCGACGAAGGUAACAGAUAUUUAUCUAAGAAGAUUGCGGCGGUGGGCGUGCAUCUGCGCCGGAAUGUGAGUAGCUAUGGCAUCGGGUUGAAUGUGACGGAGGAGCCGAUGUGGUAUUUCCGACAGAUUGUCGCGUGUGGUUUGGAAGGGAGGGAGGUGACGAGUAUAGUCGGUUGUGGGGUGAAAUUUGAUGCCGAUGAUGGUGAUGCUAUUAUGAGGGAGGUUGCAGAGAGGUUUGCGGAUGCAUUUGUUAGGCGGGUUAAUGAGGUUGGGACUGCUCAGGCGGUGGAUUGUUGUUGCCAAACGGGUGGGGGAGUAGGAAUUGAUGAGGUUUAUCACAUUGAGGAGCGGGACGUGCUUGGGGAUGUCGGGACAUAGGAGCGAGAGAGAUCCCCCGUUGCUGUACAGUAGGAGGUCUGCUUUUAGUUGAGCUCUAUACCCUUCUCCUUUUUUUUGUUCUCUAACUUUAUAAGAAUCACAAAUAUUGCGCAGGCGUAAUUUGGACUAGCAAUGGGGUUUAUAACAUGUGGAUAGAUAUAUCCAGAGAACCAGAAGAAAUGCAAUUUUAACAGGUAGACUUUCAAUAUCUAACUAAUGAUCAUGAGGAGUAUGUAUCAGUGACAGCAUCAGAUGAGUAGCUGAGAUAAAAGGUUUCUAUGCUCUUUCUUCAAUCCCUUCAAAAGGUAGUGAACUCGCACAAAAUAUGC